UCCACAAAGCACAUUGCCUGUGGUUGAGCUCAAACCUUCUUUUCUCCACAUUUUUUAAGCUCUUUCUUUGAUUCCCCAAUGGAGAGUCCUUCAACUUUAGGUCUCAUUGUGUUGCUUCUUGGUAGCUUGGUUUGUCAAGCACAAGCUAGAGCUUUUUUCGUGUUCGGUGACUCUUUGGUCGACAACGGAAACAAUGACUACUUGCUCACCACGGCACGGGCCGAUAACUACCCGUAUGGUAUCGACUACCCGACUCGUCGACCCACCGGACGUUUCUCCAAUGGCUACAACAUACCUGAUCUCAUCAGUCAAGCCAUUGGGUCUCAAUCUACUUUGCCUUAUUUGAGCCCUCAACUAAGGGGUCAAAACCUUUUGGUUGGUGCCAAUUUUGCUUCUGCUGGCAUUGGAAUCCUCAAUGACACUGGAAUUCAGUUUUUGAACAUAAUAAGAAUCACGCAACAAUUGGAGUAUUUCAGGCAAUACCAAGCAAGAGUGAGCGCACUAAUAGGGGAAGAGGAAGCAAGGAGGCUUGUUAAUGGCGCAUUGAUUCUCAUAACAUUGGGAGGCAAUGACUUUGUAAACAACUAUUAUUUGGUGCCAAUGUCAGCUCGUUCACGCCAGUUUCCUCUUCCUGAUUAUGUUGUCUAUAUCAUCUCUGAGUAUCGCAAAAUCUUAGCGAGGCUAUACGAGUUGGGAGCCAGGAGGGUGUUGGUGACGGGAACAGGGCCACUAGGGUGUGUGCCGGCGGAGUUGGCUAUGAGGAGCAGAAAUGGUGAGUGCUCAGUGGAGCUGCAACGAGCUGCAGGCCUGUUCAAUCCACAGCUGGUUCAAAUUAUCAACUCACUCAACGCUGAAAUUGGGUCAGAGGUCUUUAUUGCUGUCAAUACUCAAAUGAUGCACAUGGAUUUUGUCUCUAACCCUCAAGCCUAUGGGUUUGUAACUUCAAAGGUGGCUUGCUGUGGGCAAGGGCCAUACAAUGGGAUAGGACUAUGCACUCCAGCCUCCAACUUGUGCCCUAACAGAGACCUCUAUGCAUUUUGGGAUCCAUUCCAUCCAUCAGAGAGAGCCAAUAGACUCAUUGUGCAGCAAAUCCUGACAGGCACUCAGGAGUAUAUGCACCCAAUGAACCUCAGCACCAUUUUGGCCAUGGACUCAAGGACCUGAUGGCUCCAGUUUCCCUACUGUUUGGAUGUUGCCACAUGCCUGUUUUUAUCCAAAAUUAUAUAUACCUUUAUUGGAGUGGAGCUGUCCAUGAUUUGAUUUAUCAUAUUGGGUAUUUUUUUUCUUCUAAGUGUUGAGCUGAAAUUUUCAUUUUGUUCUCUGUGUUGAUGUGAUGUGGGUGAGCUUAGUUAGUUGAUUGUUUAGUGAGAAAGAUUAUUAUUAUUGAUUUAUGACAUUUUCUUGGUUAAUUGUCGAAGU